AUGGUUGGAUCGAGGUCAUGGCUUGGGGGAUUCUUUAACCGUGCGGGUUAUAGACGCCAUGGGGUUGGUGAAAAGUUUCUUGAUUAUGUUUUGACUCCUCUUCAGGUGAGUUGAUCUCCUCCUGCUGCCCGCGUCCUACAAGCUCGGUUUUUUCCUCGCUCGAGGGCUUUUCUCAUGCUACGCAUGCAUUUUCAAUGACACUAAGUAAGCAUGGCCAUGGUUGCCCUUACUUAUUGAAUCAUGUUUUUUGUGUACUUCCUGGAAAAGUUAUCUCACCAACUGACUCUAUUUUAUUCUCCGCAUCUUGUUCUUUGGAAUGUGGUGUUACUUUUUCUGUCCUUAUCUGCUAGUCAGUUCUUAUAAUGUUUCAAUGCUUUACGAAAGGACCAUAAAUGUUGAAAGGUUGUAAAAACUCAUUGAGUACUGAUUUUUUUUCCUCCUAAAGGUGAAUCAUUUUAUAUAUCGCUUAAAGGGCACCUAGAGCUGGGUGUAAAACCCUUUUAUGAGUAGAAGACCAUGGGCAAUACGGAGUACGUUUUUCUACCGUUGGUUUAAUGCCACUGGAUCAUCCCUUAGCUGUUUGAUAAAAUAACUCAUUUUCCACUUGUUUUGCCUUGGUCAACGAUUACUUUAUGAACCACAUCUUUCGCUAAUGUUAUCAAUAGAAACUCUGCUUCUCUAGUAUUAUUCUGACUUUUCUUUUUAAAUUGUGCGAAGCUUGCUUGUUCUUAUUUGAGAUUCUUUAUUUGAAUAUUGAGAUAAGAGUAACCCAUUAAGCAACGUUUAGUAAUUUCCUUGUCACUUGUGAUGGAUCACGAAGAAUCUUCUACCCUUUGAACUCGAGUCAGUUAAUUGUCAAACCAACUAGAUGUAACUAACGGCCCUGUAAAUGCAGUAGAGGCCUGAAAUCUACAUUUAUGCGAUUUGAAUUGCUUAGGCUAGAGCAUGUGGCCUACAGUUGAUCCACCACACAACGGGCUUUGUUGGUUUUUUUUUUUUUUUUUUUUUUGUUCUUCAGAAAAGGUAUACAUGUAUCCAAAACCAUGACUUCCACGUUUUGUUAUCGUUUUCAUGGGCUUUCUAUACUCACAUGAAAACAAACUUUGCGAAAAAAGUACCUAAAUUUUUUCUGAUUUUGAAAUAGCUGAGUUUAGAAUCUCAGCAUCACCAUAAUCAAGCUGUCCAAAUUUCUCAAUAUGGCUUUUUGCCGAGGACCAAUUCUGUCUUCUUUGAGGAAAGCUUUGCUUCACACGUAACUAAUUGAAAGCCUUCAGUUGCAGUAUGACAGGAAGGCUCUUCUGGCAGUGUCAACAUUGGCCAGUUUUCUUAAAUAUAAUUGAAUAAAAUACGAUGUUUUUUUUUGGUUUAAUAAUUCCCCACAGGCGCCCUAAAUCAUCUCAUAAAUGACUACUGAUGACCUUUUUGUCUUUCUUAAUUGUUUUUAGGAACAGAGGUUACAAAGGCUCAAAGAUAGAUUGCAAGUAUCAUUUGAUGAAACACGACCUGAUCAUCAAGUAUAUGUCCAUCUCUUCUCCAGGUUCAUUCAUUUUUCAAAUACAUUACUGUGCCAGUUUGAUGGACAGUUCCUGCAAAUUUUCCUGAUGCAAGUCAUGAUUUCAGUGGGGAUUGCAAUCUAUAUAAAAUAUCGUUGGACAGAAUAAAUGAAACCCAUGCAUUGUAAAAUCCGUUGAGUGGCAUAUUAAAACUGCUGAAAUCAUAUUUGAAUCUGGUUUUAAGGGACAUGGAAGGAAUAACAGGGGUGGGGGUCAUAUGUGGAUUUUCCAUGGUUCAUCUGAAAAUCAACUAUAUUUAUGUGUAUGCUUAUGUGCCAAAAUUCUAUUUAUUUCAGUAACCUCUUUUAUUAUUGAUCACUUUUUUUCUGAUCUUAGAUUUGCAACGUAUUAAGAUGAUUCAUAAUUGACAUUAAUUUCCUAUAAAUCAGAUUUUUUUUUGGUUGUAUGCAAUUUCUGUUCAUUCAUGCUUUGGUUUUUUGAUGGCAGAGAAAAAUAAUAUUUGGCAUCAACAUCCUUUCUAUGUACUCUUUCAUUUCAAAAAAAAAAUUGCAAAUUCUUUUCUUGUAUGGGCAGGAUGCUCUUAAAGCGUUGUGGAGAGUUUCCUUUCCUGGUACUGAUCUUAUAGGCCUGGUCUCUGACCAAUGGAAGGAUAUGGGUUGGCAGGGUCCUAACCCAUCUACCGAUUUUAGGUAUUCCCCAUCCACUGAUUUCACUCUACCAUUCGUUCUGGUUGAACCAUGAUAUGCUGGGAUUGAUAACAGUCGUGCUACAUCAAAGCCUACUGUUUCUAUCUUGUUCUGAUCGACUGUUAUUUGAAAUAUUCAAUUAAUGGGAAGAACUCAAAGGAAAAAGGAUGACGGAAAAUAAGAGGCCAUCAGAAGAAACGGAUUUGCUCUUCCAUUCUUAUUGGGGAUAUUGGCUAAGAGGCUGCAACCUUGUUUUGGACAGAAAUGAAUGUAUGCUAUUUGUUGGUUCUCUGAUGGCUGAAAUUGUUUAAGUGGGACUACGGAGAAAAAGGGUUGGCAAGAGUUCUAAGUUCGAAGCCAAAGCUACAUCUCCAAGUCAGUACAGAGGAAAACACUAGGCUUACAAUGGUGCUCUAUUCAUCUAAGCAAUGAGUUAGGCAUAAAUCUCAUGUGGAAUUGCAGCGGGUUCCUAAAGAUCUGUUGCUCGAUUUUAUAACAUGAGGAUUUCAUUUGCUCAGGAAUAUCCCCACCGAAGGUCUUAAUGGAAUGAACCUACAAACAGUAAUGCUAAUAAAUAACAACAGUCAUUUAACAGUUAGCUGAUAUCGUAUCUAGAAAUGACGUGUGAAUAAUCCAUGUGAAGCUAAAGUGCCCAUGGCCCCACCAUCUCUCGAUCUCCAUAGGAAUAAUGAGUAUGUUUUAAUGAAUUCUUAAUCUAUUAGAUGUUUGAUAGGAGGUGGUCAUUCUAUAACAUCCGUCUUUAAUCUUAGGGGCUGUGGAUUUGUCUCACUGGAGAACCUCCUAUUUCUUGCGAGGACAUACCCGGUAUGAAGGUCAAAACUUAUCUCUGCAGGGACACGUGUUCACUCCCACGAAUGGUCUCUCUUGAUAUAUUUGAUUGCUUGUUCUUCUCUGAAACUCCAAGUGAAGGCUUCCUACCGAAGACUACUGUUCAAGCAAGGUGGUGUUCGAGCCACUUGGGAGUACCCAUUUGCGGUUGCAGGCAUCAAUGUUUCCUUCAUGCUGAUUCAGAUGUUGGAUCUGUACUCUGGUGCGUAAUUUGAAGGCACAGUGCGUCAAGAGAUGCUCACGUUCUGUUAUCAGUCUGCUGAAUAUUAUCUUGUUGCCAUUGACAGUGAGACCCAAAUCUCCGCCGGGACUCAACUUCAUAAGGAUUCUGUCUGGUUAGUCAACACUUGGGAUUUUUGAGGGUAAAUUGAGAGAAUGAAUGGAGCUGAUUCUAAAAAUAUGCUCUCCACCACGAUCGUACGUCAUUCUGGUUGCAGAAGAUGAAGAAGCCUUUGAUGUGCUGUACUGUAUAGCGUUUGAGAUGAUGGAUGCUCAAUGGCUUGCCCUCGGUGCUUCCUACAUGCAAUUCAAUGUAUUAGCCCGCCUACCUACCUUGGGGAAAAUAUUUAACAGUAUCGUCUUUCCCUCUAUGCAAUGCCAUUUUUACUUUCCUUUUCAGGAGGUGUUACUGGCGACCAGAACGCAAUUGGAGCGAGAACUCUGUUUGGAAGAUGUACGCAGAAUACAAGAUCUCCCAGCUUACAAUCUCCUCUACCAGUAA